CGCCCACUCACUCUACAGCUCCUCAGUUUCAGUUUAAUCUACAAAAACAAGACGCAGUGAAGAUUUCAGCAUCAGAAGAAACUGUUUUGAAGAGUUCUGGAGAGAGGAAGACUGGAGCCAUGAUGUCUGAACUGAGGCUAAUUCUGAUGGGGGACAACAGCUCAGAGAUCAGCAGAGUGGGGAACUUCAUCCUGGGCAGAGACGCGUUUGACACUAAAGCUCUUCCCCCUUCAGUAGAGCAGCACAGUGAGAGAGCAAGAGGAACAGUGGAGGGAAGAUACGUCACUCUCAUCAGCACGCCUCACAAGCUUCAUCCUGAUCACUCACCGUAUCAGAUCACAGAGCAGAUCAAAGAGUGUCUGCAUCUCUGUGCUCCAGGACCUCACAUGUUUCUGCUGGUACUGCAGUCCAGUAUAAGAAAUAAUGAGGACCAGGACAGAAUCAGAAACAACCUGGACUCCUACAGUUCCUGGUUCAUGAGGUACACUAUAGUUUUAACUACAGAUGAAGACCCUAGUCCCCAUCCUGCUCAUACCCAGGGUGGAAGUCAUCCAUCCUUUCAUCUGGCCAUGGGAAAAUCCGAGGGAGAUCGGAAGCAGCAGGUGCUGAAGCUUUUGGAGAGGAUAGAGCAGGUGGUGAGAUGUAACGGAGGAGGAUACCUGACCUAUGACACUAAUGAACUGCUAGAAGAAGAAAAGAAUAAAACACAUGAAACAGAUGAAUCUGUGCAACAUGUGAGGAUGGUUCUGCUGGGGAAGAACAGCUCAGAGAUCAGCAGAGUGGGGAACUUCAUCCUGGGCAGGGAUGCGUUUGAUACUGAAGCUCUGCCUGCUUCAGUAGAGCAGCACAGUGAGAGAGCUGGAGGAAUGGUGGGGGAAAAAUACAUGACCCUGAUCAGCACACCUCACCUGUUUGAUUCUCACCUCACAGUGGAUCAGAUCCCAGUGCAGAUUAAUGAGUGCAUGACACUGUGUUCUCCUGGACCUCACGUUUUCUUACUGGUAUUAAAAUAUCAUGAGUAUACUGACUGGGAGCGGAUUAGAACCGCCUUCAAGCUUAUCUCUGAUAAAGCUAUAAAGCACACCAUCGUGAUGACGCAGAAACAAGCCAGUGGAAAGGAUCCACACAAGAAGAAUAAACUGGUGCGAAAGAUUAAGAAACGUGGAGGCAAGCAUUACCAGUAUGAGACGGACAUUGUUCCCUCUGAUCUGAUGAAGGCAGUUGAAAAAAAGAUGAAGAAGAAUAAGAAGAGGGGCUUUGUACAGUACGUAAAAAUGGGCGAGUCACCUCAUGUGAAAGGGCAAAAGAAGAAAUCCAUAUAUGGUCAGAAACAAAGGACCAGAGGAGUGGUAAACCUGACACCCAGCACAGUCCCUGAGACUAAAACAUGGUCUCAGAGGUUGAAUUUGGUUCUGUGUGGGAGUAACAGAGUGCUGAAGCCUUCCAUAACAGAUCUGAUACUGGGUCAGAGAGAGCUCAAUCCAGAGUCCAGCUCAGCUUGUGUGAAGAUAGAGGGAGAAACACAUGGGCACAUGAUCACCCUGGUGGAGCUUCCAGCUUUCUACAACUCUCCACUCUCAGAGGAGGAAGUGAUGCAAGAGACUCUCAAAUGUGUCACUUUCUGUGAUCCCGGAGUUCAUGCUUUCCUCCUCAUUCUUCCUGAGGGACGCCUCACUGAUGAAGAUAAAGAAGAGCUGGAGAGGAUCCAGAAGAUCUUUGGACCAAAAUUCAAUGAUCACACCAUAGUACUGAUCACUCAGCACUCUCAGGACAGACCACUAGAUGCCUCUGUCAGGGCUGUGGUAGAAGGUUUUGGACAACGCUGGCUGCUCUUUAACUACAGGUCGCAGGCUCUGGAGCUAAUUUCACACGUUGAAAGCCUUCUAACAGAGAACAAAGGGAACCACUACACCACGGCCAUGUUCCUGAGUGCACAAUUUAACAGACAACAGAAAUACAGAGAAGAAGUCUAUGGGCUGAAAAGAGAAAUGUCUCAGAUGGAUUUGCCAAGAAACGUAAGAGUUAUCUUGCUGGGGAUUCCUGGAACUGGAAAGAGUGCAACUGGAAACACCAUCUUAGGCAAGAAAAUUGUGUUUAAGGAGGGAAUGUCUGGAAAACCAGUUACAACAGCGUGCCAGAAAGAAACAGUUAAAAUCAAAGGUAGACAGAUUACUGUCAUCGACACCCCAGGACUGUUUGAUGAAGGCAUUUUAACAGAUGAUGCCAGAAAUGAAGUCACUAGGGCCAUCGCCCUGGCAGAACCAGGUCCACAUGUGUUCCUGCUGGUAGUGCCGAUUGAAAGACGCAACCAAGACAUAAAUAGGACGACAAACAUGAUUCUAAAUGAGCUUGGCGAUGACUCUACAACAUACACCAUGCUGCUCUUCACCAAAGGAGACGAUCUUAUGGAUAACACUAUCGAAUUCUUCAUUGAAAACUCUGAUCAAAGCACAAAAGACCUCAUCAAAAGAUGUAAAGACAGAUACCACACCUUCAACAACUGCAACCGCGAAGACCGAACGCAGGUCACUGCCCUGCUGGAGAAGAUCGACUCCAUGGUGGCCAUGAACGGAGGGAGCUUCUACACUGACGAGAUGUUUCAGAAGAUGAAGAGAGAAGAACAGGAAGAGCAGGAAGAACUGGAAAUAAAACCGGAGGAGAGAGAGAAAGAGAUAGAGAAAGAGAGAGAUAAACAAGAACAGGAUAAAAACACACUGAUGAUGAUUGAUCAGCAGAGACGUCAGCAGUGGUUGUGGUAUCAAAAAAACAUUUUAAAGCGUGAUGUGCCGCAAGAUGAUCCUGACAACAUCCCUGGAUAAGUCGGUGCUUCAGGAGGAGCAACAAAUAUUCCACCCCAGGUGUGAGGAACACUCUCAGGAUUCUUCUGCUUGUUGGGAAAAACACUUUAGGGACCUUUUUUGUGUAAAUAGUUGUAGUUAUACAACUAGUUAUAUAGUAGUUAUUCUUUUGUGAAAACAAGGGCCUUUUACUGACUGUCGAAAAUCCUUCAACACUGGUUUAUGCACACACAUACAUUACUCAAAGGUUUGGACUAAUUGUGAAACUAUCUUUUCAAUAGAAACAUACAUGGGAUAAGGAAAUGUAGCUAACAUGUUAUGCAUACAUUGUCAGAGUAAGAAAUAUUGACUGUGUACUUAAAAAAAUAAAAAUGGAUGUAGUUACCUUUGAAGA